AAGUGGUAACAGCUUUUACCGUUUUCAGUUUCGAAAGAAAUGUUCACACGUGUCAAGUGUGUGAAAAAAGCCAAUCCCAAAUUGAUCACACUCUUAAACCCUAACCCUAAAACCCUUACUGAAAUUAACAGAAAAAAAAAAUCAAAACUUUUUCGAUCACCAUGGCCGAAGACGCCAUGAACGUCGAUCAAUACUCACCCAACAAGGCUCAAUCCCUAUAUACUCUAACCAACGGUCCAUUAGCAUCGUCUCUAUCCAAACUUUCAGGCUCAUCGCGAGGAAUUCCGUCGAACAAAGACUUCUAUUUUUACAACAACUUCGAUGAUUUCCGAGCUCCAAUUCAAGAAAUCGAUAAUAAAUCACAGUCUUUGCUCGAAUCAGUUGGUUCUUCUUCGUCACGUAUGUGGAACAAACAUAUGCCUUUUCCUGUAGAUAUGGAUGAGGCUAUGGAUUGGUUAAAUAAUGCUAACGACGAGAUUUUCGAGAGGGUUGAUAUGUCGAUUGAUGAAUUUCAGAGGAAUAGGAAUAGUGAGGAGGCUGCUGGGAAGGUUAUGAAUGCGAGUUCUUCGGUUGUUGAUGAUAAUGAUGGGUUUCAGUUGGUAUGUGGGAAGAAAAAGAAGGGGGCAAAUCAGUUGCCGAGUGGGUUUCAAGAUUCUAAUUCUUCGAUUACGGUUGCGACUAAGGAUAAGAAAACCACUGUUGGUUCGAAGCCGAAGAUUCCGUUUCAUAUACCUUCGAUUACGAGACCUCAACAGGAGUUUAAUAUCUUUGUUAAUAAUAAUAACCAAGCGUUUGAGCAUGUUUGGUUGGACAAGAGUGAGGAUGGAAAGUAUGUUCAUCCUCUGAAGAAGUUUUCUUUUAUGGAUUUUGUUGAUAAAGAUAGUGAUGUUCUGCAUAUUGAGCCGGUAAAGCCAAGUCCAGUUGAGACUACACCAUUCACGUUUGUAGAUGAAGUAAUAGAUUUGAAGAACCUAGCUAUUAAGCUGAGUGGUGUAAAUGAAUUUGCGGUUGAUUUGGAACAUAAUCAAUAUCGUUCAUUCCAAGGAUUGACCUGUUUGAUACAAAUAUCAACGAGAACCGAAGAUUUUGUAAUAGAUGCUCUGAAGCUCCGAACGCGUAUUGGCCCAUAUCUUAGAGAAGCUUUCAAGGACCCAACAAAAAGAAAGGUGAUGCAUGGAGCAGAUCGUGAUAUUUUUUGGCUUCAAAGAGAUUUCGGCAUUUACAUCUGCAAUAUGUUUGACACUGGCCAGGCCUCAAGGAUACUGAAAUUGGAGAGAAAUAGUCUGGAAUAUCUUCUACACCACUUUUGUGGAGUAACUGCUAAUAAAGAAUAUCAAAAUGCAGAUUGGAGAUUGCGGCCACUUCCUAAGGAGAUGCUUAGAUAUGCUAGAGAAGAUACGCACUAUCUAUUGCAUAUAUAUGACUUAAUGAGAAUGAAAUUGCUCUCAUUGUCAAAGGAAUCUGAAAGCUCUGAAAUUUCUUUACAAGAGGUUUACAAGCGCAGUUACGAAUUAUGUAUCCAGCUCUAUGAGAAAGAGAUCCAGAACGAAAAUUCGUAUCUAUAUAUAUAUGGGUUGCAAGAGGCUGGUUUAAAUGCUCAGCAGCUAGCAGUUGUUUCGGGACUUUGUGGGUGGCGAGAUCUUAUGGCGCGUACUGAAGAUGAAAGUACUGGCUAUAUAUUGCCAAAUAAAACUCUUAUAGAAAUUGCUAAGAAGAUGCCUGAAACUACCAGUAAGCUACGACAGUUGGUCAAGUCAAAGCACUCAUUCAUUGAGCAGAAGCUUGGUGCUGUUGUUAACGUCGUUAGGUCUAACAAGCUAAAGGCUUCUGAAUUUGAAGCUGUUGCUGAACAACUGAAAGAGGGGCGUGCUGCUUUGGCAUCUGAAGAAAAUGUAGUAGUCGACGACGACCCUGAAGCAUCUGAAAUUGCAAUAGCCACUGUGGAAAGCAUCUCUGAUGGCACUCUAAUGGAUAAUAGUCCUAGCACUCUAUUGUGCAAUGGAAACUCUGGGGUUCUGAAGGAGGGUCUUACCGUUUCAGGGCAGAGAGAAGACAGAAAUACCAGUACUUCUUUACCAGUUUUACCAAAGGCCUCUGCUGUAACAGUACAAGCGCAAAAGAAACCUAACCGGGCUUUUGGUGCACUCCUGGGAAGUAAAAUCCCCAAGAAAAAGACUGAUCUAAGUAAAAAGGACAAGGAAGAGGCCACAUUGGAGCAAAUUAGAGCUUCAGUACACUUACCAUUCCAUUCUUUUUCCAGCACCUUUGAACAACCGAAGCCAGUUGUGGAAGCACCUGUUGCAACCCUUGAAGUUCCAGUUUCCGAUCAUCCUGCAAACACAUUACCAGUCAGCUCUAAAUUGGACGAUAUCAUAAUGUUGCAAACUGUUAAUUCUGAUGCCGAGGAAUCAAAAAGUGAUUCAGGAACAACCUUGAAAGACACUGAUAACAAUCCAGCGGUGUCCAGCUCGAAGAUAGAUAAAGAGGAAGAACCAAUGAGUCUCUCCGAUCUGUCAUCAAGCUUCAAACAAUGUUUCCAGGAUAGGAAAACCAAACAAGUAGAAAGAACUCAGGAAUCCGGUGGUGGCUUGAAAUUGGAGCCAUUCGACUAUGAAGCAGCAAGGAAGCAGGUCCUAUUUGGAGAGAAUAAUACAAAAGAACAGAGGAAAAGUGGCGCGGGAAAUUCUAAGGGUAAGAAAAAGUCUGAUAAAAGUCGAGCAUCGAACAACGAUGAAGAGUUAGGUGAUUUCUCUCAAGGUAGACGUCGUAAAGCUUUUCCAGCAACAGGGAACCGUAGUUCAACCUUUCGCUGAUUUUUUUGGUGGCGAUCGAUGACAAUAUCUCAAGUCGGAAAAGGGUUACAAUGGUUUUGACUCCAUUUGUGAUUAGUGUGAACAGUGUUGUGUUAUUUAUUAUUUUCUUGCAAGGCAAAAGAGCUAAAGCAUUAUCAGCAUAGUUCACACUGUUAGUGUUACAUUUUAGAUGGCUGCCAUUUUUGUUUUUCAAAAGAAUUAUUUGAUGUUAAAAAAUGAAGAAAGUCAAUGUUGAAAAUGUUUUUUUAUUUUCUUUGAUGAUGAUGAUGAUGAUAUUGUCUGUUUGUGGUA